AUGUGCCCAAGCAAUGAGUCCCAAACAUCUUUAUGUGGUGAUCAUUGUAUUGUCUCUAAAGGAGGAGAGAAUGGAGGAUUAGAGAGAGAAGGAGGAGGAGAAACAGCAAAGAUCAAUCCUCUCUUUGCCUACUGGCCGCCCUUCAACGAGGUUUCAGAGGAGCUAACAUCCCUCGGCAAGAUCACAUACCCCAUAGUAAUAACAGGCUUUCUCUUAUACUCAAGAUCCAUCAUAUCCAUGCUUUUCCUGGGCCAUCUAGGAGACAUUGAACUAGCUGGUGGGUCCCUCUCAAUUGGGUUUGCCAACAUCACUGGCUACUCAGUCAUCAAAGGUCUAGCCAUGGGAAUGGACCCCAUCUGUGGCCAGGCCUAUGGGGCCAAGAGGUGGGCCAUCCUCAGCCAAACCUAUCAAAAGACCCUCAUUCUCCUCCUCCUGGCUUCCAUCCCUAUCUCCCUACUUUGGUUGAACAUGGAACCAAUCCUACUCUGGCUAGGCCAAGAUCUAACCAUCACAUCAACGGCCAGGAUCUACAUAACAUUCUCACUGCCUGACUUACUGGGCCAGGCCCACUUACAACCGUUGAUGAUUUUUCUAAGGACCCAAAGUCUAACCACACCUCUCACUCUAGCAGCUACAGCUGCACUUAUACUACACCUUCCAAUCAACUACCUUUUGGUGGUCCACUUGAAUUUGGGUGUGAAGGGUGUAGCUCUUGCCUCAACAUGGACCACCUUGAAUUUGAAUUUGGGCCUGUUGGUUUACUUGGUAUUCUCUAAGAAGGCCCUCAAGCCUUGGGACGGCCUGACGGCCGUCGGGUUUUUCCGAGGCUGGUGUCUGCUACUGAAAUUGGCAAUGCCGAGCGUGGUGUCGGUCUGCUUGGAGUGGUGGUGGUAUGAAGUGAUGUUGAUCUUGUGUGGGCUGCUGAGCAACCCACGCGCAAGUGUGGCGGCGAUGGGGAUUCUGAUACAGACGACGGGCUUGAUUUACGUAUUCCCCUCAUCAAUCAGCUCAGGCCUUUCAACUAGGGUGGGCAAUGAGCUAGGCGCCGGAAGGCCCACCAGGGCCCAAUGGGCCACAAAGGUGGGCCUUGCAGUCGCAACGGCAUGUGGUCUAUCGGCAUUUGCUUUCACAACCGCCGUGAGGAACGUGUGGGGGAAGAUGUUCACAUCGGAGCCGCAGAUCCUUGUGCUAACAUCCAUAGCGCUCCCGAUCGUUGGAUUUUGCGAGCUCGGCAACUGCCCACAGACAGCUGGAUGUGGAGUCAUGAUGGGUAGUGCCAGGGCCACAGUUGGGGCCCACAUAAACUUUGGCGCGUUCUAUCUGAUCGGAUUGCCGGUUGCAGCGAUCCUGGGGUUCGGUCUCAAGAUCGGUUUUUUUGGGCUUUGGUUUGGGCUUGUUGCGGCCCAGGCUUCAUGUGUGUUUAUGAUGGUGAGAGCCAUCAGAUGCACUGAUUGGAAACUUCAAGCUGAGAGGGCUAAGGAGCUGACAGAGGCUGCAGAAGGGGAGAAUGAUGACUUGGAGGCUAGUCUACUCCUUCACUGA